AUGUACUCUCUGGGCUCAGAACUCUCCCUCCUCCAUACCCCCACCUCACCCACGUCCCAGGGAACAGUGAACACUGGGUCUUCUAACUUUGUGAGGCGCUGCUGUGAUGGUUCACUGAUGCAAACCAAGAAAAACAGAAACAGGAUGUGGGCCUUUAUAAUCCCUUAUAUCCUGGGACUCAACGUCUAUCAGGCUAGUGGAGAAGACAACUCAACACAAAUGUAUUAUGUCAAACUGACCAUAGAGGAAAGUGCAAUCGCAAACAUAACUCAGAUUCUGAAUCCUUUUGUGGCUGGCAACACCCAGAUUAACGACCUGAAAAAGACAACAGAAUGUCGGAACGUCUUGGCUGGCCAAGAGUGUAGCUGCAUGCCAUACUUCAGAUGGAGCAAUGAAGUUUGUCAAUCUAGUCAAAAAUGUUGCGACCAGAAUUGCACCUUCACCAACAUCCCAGCUCCCAUGUGUGUUUCGAACAAUACAGUUGCUGUCAGUGGAUCAAUUGUUUUAACAGGAGUGCAGUAUCACAAUUGUCUGAAAGAAAAACAAUCAGUGGAAUUCCAGAAGUGUAAUAACGAUUUGUUAAAAGAGAUGAAAACAGUGUUCAGCACUUUGAGGGGAUUUGACAUCUUAACAAUAACGACAUACAAGGUUGGAAGCAUCGUUGCAGAGUUUAAAAUGACCAUUGCUUACAGGGAGGUCCUGGACGGCCCACCGCUGUGGCAGCUGAAAAGAACGGACGGAGUAUUUCAGAUAUUCAAUGGCACAGAGUCAAUGGUGACAUCAGAACCAAUGAGUACCAGCGUCAGACUUAACGCACAGAUAUCAGAUCGUUGGGAAGGAGAGUACUCAUGUACCUAUACUCAACAGAUAAACUCAAACACCAUAACUCACAUAGCCAGUGCUGUAAUGGACAUAGCCCUCCUGCCAAACAUUGACAGCACCACAUCACCAGCAUUUCCACACUGCAAACCAGAUUCAGAUUUUGUGAACGUCCUUCUGGAGGUGUUUAUACAGGUGCUACCAUUCUGCCAGCGCAAUCAGCUCGUUGCAUUCUACUUUGAGCUGGGAAUUGUGCUGAUAUAG